UGGAACUCUGUUCGACGCGCCCUAGACUACAUCGGAACUUUGAAACUUUUUUAGCGGCACAUAUGCCGCUUAUACACCAGGACACUAGCCGGGGUGGCGGCGGCUCUGAGGAGCACCGUACCCUGGCUGACUUCCUGGGUCUCGACACCACGCAGCUACCGGAGCCUGUGUCAACGCCAGUCGUACAUCGCAACAGUGAGUGUGGUGGUGACAACGGUUGGCGCUGGGAGGAGGAGCCUAGCAGCCCGGAGGCUGCGCAGACGCCGCGAGCGCUCGUACCGCCCGCCUGCUUCCCGCCCAGACAUCCCACGGCCUUCACUAGUUACAGUGAAAGCGCGCAGCCCGGCAGCCUCUGGUCCGAGGAGUGCACUUCGGAACAAGGCAUUACCGAUCUUGUGGCAGCCUUAAAGGCCCUGGCGAUGCCCACCGCGUCGGUGUCUCUGCCGCCGGCGCCGCUCGGCUGUGAUCGACUAGAGCGGUUGGAAAGAAUGGAAGGCUUCGAUAGAGACGAGUCGUGGAACGACCAGAACUCCAGGGAACACCGCGCUUCUAUGCUGCCCAGGCGAGCUUCUUUUUGUGGAGUGGUAUCGAAUGGCCGCAAUGGGAGCGAGGUGUUGCGCUGGGGGGGCAAGUUACCCCCGCGGUGUGUGGACCCCACUGGGGGGUUCAGCUCCAAAGUGUUCCUUGGGGGUCUGCCGUGGGAUAUCAAUGAAGCCUCGCUUAUGCAGACGUUGAAGCAUUUUCAACCAAUACGUGUGGAGUGGCCAGGUCGCGACGGUCCCCCGGCGCCGGGCGGGGCGGGCGCGGCCCCGGGCAGCGGGUGCCCGCGCGGGUUCGCGUACGUCAUAUUCGAGAGCGAGCGCCGCGUGCGGGCGCUGCUGGCGGCCAGCCGCCGCGACGGGAACGACUGGUACUAUCGCAUCGGCUCCCGCAAGACUCGUAGCAAGCAGGUGCAAGUGAUCCCGUGGGCGCUGACGGACUCCAACUGGGUGUGUGGCGGGUCGGUCCGGCUGGAGCCGGCGCGCACGGUGUUCGUGGGCGCGCUGCACGGGAUGCUCUCCGCGUCCGCGCUCGCUACCAUCAUGAAUGAUCUGUUCUCGGGGGUUGUAUAUGCAGGAAUCGACACGGACAAGUACAAGUACCCGAUCGGUUCAGGUCGCGUGACGUUCAACAACGUGCGCUCGUACGUGCGCGCCAUCUCCGCCGCCUACGUACAGAUACAUACUGACAAGUUCACUAAAAAGGUACAAGUGAACCCAUACCUAGAGGACUCGAUGUGUUCCGUGUGCAACCUGCAGCAAGGACCGUACUUCUGUCGGGAGCCGACCUGCUUCGGCUACUUUUGCCGGUCGUGUUGGUCGUGGCAGCACUCGACAGACAACCACAAGCCACUGAUGCGGAACUCCAAGAGUACCAGCACACGCGCCAUCCUGCCCACACAGGAUAACACUGACCACCACAAUUAUAAUGGUAUCUACGGACACGCUAACGAAAGCACACCGUCUCCCGCGACGAGCGGCACGAGCGGUACGAGCGAGGAGCCCGGCAGUGGCGGCAGUGGAGUGAGCGAGGAGGCCGAGGGUGGCGGGGACGACGCGGCCGAGGGCGCAGUCUCCAGCUGGCUCAACUAGUCCUCCGCGCCGCAGCCCUGCAGUGCCCGCAUUACGCCACGGCCCUGCAUUACGCCGUGACCCCGCAUUACAUUACGCCAUGGCCCUGCAGUAGCUGCAGCCCGCUGUUGUCGACCCGCUAUUAAGUUCGGCGCUUCGCCAACAUUUUGCUUCUUUGUUGAUUCAUUAUGGUAAGAUACUCGAACGUUUUGAUAACCUCCAUUUUUACUUCAGUAUUUUAGUUUUAUUUCAUUAAUUUCCACAUCAUUUUAAAACUUUAAUGUCAUUGUAAAAUUAACUUUAAUUUGUGUACUAUUAAAUUCAUAUUCCCUUGAUAAAUUAACCUAAAUUUAAACUUGAACAGGAGCGUUAUCGUACAUUCGAGUACUUAUCGACAACUCGAUUAUUGAUCUCAAUUAUUGCAUUUAAUUGUUAAUUAUGUUUUUUAUAUUUUGUAAUGUGUAGACUUGUUUCUAUUCGUUUAAACAUCUACACUUCACUUUUAAAUAUUUUUUUAAUACUUUUUCGUUAAAUUAUUUGGAUAUUAUUGUAUCCCUUUGAAGGUCUGGUAAAGCCGACAAAUGAAACGUCUAUAUCGACACGAUCUGUAAAUUAACAUUUCAUUUGUCAGCUAUAUCCGGCCGUGGGCGGUAAAGUUUACUAUUUAUCAAGUACUGAUUGUUUUUGCAUUGUAUAAGUAACGGUAUGCCGUUAUGUAACUAGUUGGUAAUUUUAUCAAACAAUUUAUAUUGUAAUACGCUAACAGCGUAGAAAUGUUCCUUAGACAAAUUUUACGUAUGUGCCUAUUAGAAUUAGGUAAUUUUAAUCAAUUUUAAAUAUGCCUCCUAGUAAGCCCUAUAGUAGCAAUUUUAAACUUUUUAAAAUGGGCUUUUAAAAUGCAUAAUCAUGGUUUUAACAUACUAGGAUGUUCAAAACGAAAUGUUGAUUUUAUGUGAAUCGCUUAUUUGAUUU